AAAAUACACCAAACCACAGGUGACAUUUUAAUGGACGACGUUACUUUUCUAAAAACGGAAGUAUCAGAUGCAGUGAAACUCUGAAGCCAUGUUUAUCCGGACAAUUAUAGUUUACAUUUUUCUGAGUGCAGAAUACAGUGGGUUACUGCCGAGAGUUCUUCCUUUCAUUUCUGGAACUAAAGUGAAAUUGGUUGGUGGGAAUUCAAACCUUGAGGGUCGGGUAGAAGUCUACCAUAACAACGUGUGGGGAACUAUUUGUGACGAUGGAUUUGGUAACCUUGAUGCUCAAGUCCUCUGUUUUAUGCUCGGAUAUAAUAGAACUGGUGCCAGGGCCGUGCCCGAAGGUUUCUAUGGUUCGGGAAAUGGCACUAUAUGGUUAGAUGAUCUAGGGUGUAAUGGAACAGAAUUGUCGGUAGACGAAUGUGGCAAAAAUGGUGAAUGGGGCUCUCAUAACUGCAGGCAUUCUGAAGAUGCCGGGAUAACUUGCCAGCCUAAAAUUCGUUUAGCUGGAGGCAACACAUCAUACGAUGGCCGUAUUGAAGUGAAUUACUCUUCAACUUGGGGAACAGUGUGCGAUAAUGGAUUCGAUAAUGCCGACGCUCAAGUGUUUUGCCAAAUGUUAGGAUAUGAGAGAUUAGGUGCAGAAGCACUUGGAAAUUCCUAUUUUGGGCGUGGUAAUGGACAAAUUGUGCUCGAUAAUUUAGACUGUUCAGGCAACGAAACGUCUUUGAAUGAUUGUAACAAGCUGGUUUGGGAGUCCAAAACAUGCACCCAAAAUACAGUCGCAGGAAUUAGAUGUUUACCCAAACUAGGUGUUCGCCUUAGCGGAGGUUUGACAGAGUACGAAGGUCUUGUUCAAAUACACUACUCUAACAGUUGGGGAAGUAUUUGUACUGUUGAUUUUAGUGAAGCCGAUGCCCAAGUUCUUUGUCAUAUGUUAGGAUAUCCUAGGGAAGGUGCAGUUGCAUACGCCAAUGCUUAUUUUGGACAGGGAGCUGGGACAAGCUGGUUAAAUAAUCUGGGUUGUGAUGGACAGGAACUAUCUAUCAUUGAUUGUAGACACACAUCGUUGGUAUACACUAACUGCAGUCGCAAAAAUGACGUAGGAAUAAGAUGUAACCCAAAUGUUCGUUUAGUUGGCGGCAGUUCAGAGUACGAAGGUCGUGUUGAAGUUUAUCACUCCGAAGAGUGGGGAACUGUUUGCGAUGAUGGUUUCGAUUCCCUCGAUGCCAAAGUGUUUUGUUAUAUGCUGGGAUAUGAAAGGAAUGGUGCGGAAGUAUUGCCGGGAGAAUACUUUUAUCCCGGUAAAGGCAGAGUAUGGCUAGACGAACUGCAAUGCACUGGAAAGGAAGCUUCUGUAGAUGACUGUAAUAAAAAUGAAAAUACUUGGGGAACUCAUAAUUGUGCGCAUUCUGAAGAUGCUGGUGUAAAAUGCCAACCAAAAUCUGGUUGUCCUGGAUUGGUACCACUGGAAAAUGGAAAUUAUUCGCAUUCUUCUUGCACAUCCUUAACAUCGCCCACUGGUUUGAACUGCACAAUACUAUGUGAAAAUGGUUUCAAGCCUCUCAGCUUUCGAAGAACUACGUGUUUAGGAAGUGGUAUUUGGAAUAUAUCUGAUGCAUUUUUGACUUGCUCAGAUAUAGAUGAAUGUAACGACAAAUCACAUCAAUGUGAUCAGAACUGUCGAAAUACACUUGGGGAACAUGCCUGCUAUUGUAACGAAGGGUACAUCUUAGACUCAGACAACAAAACUUGCAAUGAUGUAGAUGAAUGCGGCAUUAACAACGGUGGGUGCAGCCAUAAUUGCACAAACGAGAUAGGAUCAUUUCUAUGUGGAUGUAUUGAUGGCUAUUCUCUCCAAAAUGACAGUCGUUCGUGUGUGGAUCUGAAUGAAUGCGAUAUCGGUAAUGGUAACUGUGAUCAGAUAUGUUUAAAUACAGAAGGAUCGUACUCUUGCAACUGUACUGAUGGUUAUUAUUUGAUGACGGACGGUUUGACGUGCGAAGAUGUAAAUGAAUGUGCAUUUGAUAAUGGCGGCUGCGACCACGUGUGCAACAAUACUGACGGUUAUUUCUUCUGCAAAUGCUUUUCUGGAUAUUUUUUGAACAACGAUACUAUGUCAUGUGAAGAUGUGAAUGAAUGUAAAAUGAACAAUGGGGGUUGUGGUCAUAUAUGUGAAAACGCAAAUGGAACAUUCUCCUGUUCCUGUUUGCCCGGCUUCGUACUUCUGAAUGACAGUGCCGCGUGUGAGGAUGUGAAUGAGUGUGAAGUCAAUAAUGGUGGAUGUGAACAUGACUGCGUAAAUGACAAUGGCUCAUUUUCCUGUGAUUGCUACCGAGGUUAUGCCAUGCAAACUGACAAUAGCUCCUGUGUUGAUAUCAACGAAUGUGGCUCCAACAAUGGAGGGUGUGAACAUGUUUGCAUAAAUACGAACGGCACAUACGGAUGUAGUUGUAUCGAUGGCUUUGCAUUGCAAAAUGACACGUUCUCAUGCGAAGAUAUAAAUGAAUGCGAUAUCCAAAAUGGUGGCUGCGCACAAAUUUGCACUAAUGCUGUAGGCAACUACUCAUGCCUGUGUGAAACGGGAUACGCAUUACAGAGCAACAGGUUUUCAUGCAGUGAUAUAAAUGAGUGUGAUACGACCAACGGAGGCUGUGAACAGCGUUGCAUCAACACUCUAGGGUCAUUUUCAUGUGGUUGUGAAGAUGGUUUUCUCUUAGAUAGUAACGAUUAUGCGUGUGAAGAUAUCAUAGAGUGUAACACGGACAAUGGCGGAUGUCAACAGCAAUGUAUAAACCUUGAGGGGUCUUUUUCUUGCAGUUGCAAUGACAGAUAUAUUCUUAAAGAAGAUGGCUUUACAUGCAAAAAUGUGUCUCAAAGGUCCGAGUCUUCUUCCUUAAGAGUCAGAAUCGGUGAGCAGGCAGUCAUACAUCUGAUGAAACCUGCGACAUACAGAUAUAUUACAGAGCAAAUUGGAAAAUCACUUCAGACUUAUUUCAAGAAUUUCACAAGCCUAUCAUUUUCCGUUGUUAUACGACGAAUAGGCAAAUUUGCGAAUAUCCAUGACACAAACAGGAAAGACAGUAUCGUGGUUAAUUACACAAUUGUUUAUGAUGCUGAAAACAAACUUUCGAUACGACGCAGUUUGAUUCGCGGCAUCCUGGGUUUCUACGACUGGACAUUAUUACUUUACGAUGGUCAAUUUGUAUCUGCAAUAUUGGUGAACUCACCGCCGACUAUAUUUCCGCCUGACUGGUCUGUCCGUUUAUCGGAAGACACUUCUAUUGGGACUUUAGUUGGAGAAUUUACAGUGUAUGAUCCUGAUGAUGAUAUACGAGGAGACAUCCGUGUUUACAGUGAUGAUAAACCGGGAGAAAUCAAAAUAGGACCAAUUGUUGACAAUAAAGUUCAGCUUGUUGUUGAAGAAACGUUAGAUGCAGACAAAUACAAGAGAAGUAAAAAACAUGGGACUCUGGGUGCCAUUGUUGGACAUGUAGUAAAUUUUACUGUUGUGGUAAAAGACAAACCAGGUCUACAAGCGACAGCGCACGUCUCUUUGACUAUUAUUGAUGCCAAUGACAACGCUCCUGUCUGUAGACCGGAAGAAGUAGUUGUAAAGAUACCUAGAGAUACAAGUAUUGGUGCUGAUGUCUAUAAUCUGAAAACUGUCUGCAAAGAUGACGAUUAUGUUUAUAAUAACGUUGCUUUCACUAUAGAAGAGGAUAGCUGUAACGCUUUCACAGUAAACACACCAGCUUCACUGGCUCUGAAGUCAAACAUUUUGGACCAAUUUCCAUCCUGCACGAUAACUGUAAAUGUAACAGAUCUGGACAAUCCUCUGUUUCACACGAAACUUACCGUGAAAAUCAAAUUUCAGGAAUGCCCAUCUGAUGUGGAUCACCUCAACAAAGCUUGGAAAAGGGGUAGUCCGGGAAAAUAUACAUUUGGUUCAUGUCCAGACGGCUAUACAGGUGAGGUGAAAAGAUUCUGCAACACAAAUGCUGUUUAUCAAGAACCAGUGUACAACUGUACAAGUGCCGCUAUUGCUGAGAUUUUUGAAAAGGUCCUGAAUGAAAACACAAGCAUGAGUGAUGUUUUAGAUGACCUUGCUAACGUAACAUCUCCAGCUACGGGUAACAAUAACAGUUUAUUGAUUGGAGACCUAGAAGCUGUCAACAAAGUAAUGUCUAAAAUUACAGAAGUUAUUGAAGUCAACCCAGUUAAUGUAAAAAGUGUCACUGAUUCCUUUAUAGAAACUGCAAAUAACAUACUAGAUGAAAACACAACAUCAACAUGGACAAGCAUGAUGAACGAGACAGGUUCUGGGGCAGACACUGUUCUUGAAAAUCUUGAUCGUUUCGCUGAGAAGAUCGCUAAUGUAAGCAAAACAACAGGAGAAAUAAAAGUUGCAAAAACUAAUCUUUUUCUAAAGGUAGGAUCAACAGACGCUUGCGAUGGUCAAGAAAUACAGUUUCCAGACAGAAAGGAUGGGGAUGUUCCAUCCUGGGCAGGGAAAACGUUAGAUAAAGUACAAAUUGGUUGCGGUGGCAAUUUGUCUGCACAGUCAUACAGUAGUGUCAUGUAUAGAAACCUUUCACAGAUUCUUCCCUCAAAAGCUGUCGGCAACAGCACUAGCGAAGACAAGAAGCUGAGUGCACCAGUGAUGUCAUUUUCCUAUUUUCCAAAGGUUGAAGGAAAAUUAGUUAAACCAGUGGAGAUAACUUUCCAGUUGUACAGUGGGUUAUUAGAGCACCCAUCAUGCUCGUUUUGGAGUAAAAGCGACAGCUCAGCAGGUGGCUGGUCAUCGUAUGGAUGCUGGCUUGAGCGGUUUGACAAAGAGAAGAAAAUAGUUGUCUGCAAAUGUGAUCAUUUGACUAAUUUUGCAGUUCUCAUGAGUCCAUCGUCAAUUGUGAGUGAGGGCCACCAUGUUGCAUUGAGUACUAUAUCAAUGAUAGGAUGUAUACUGUCUAUGUUAUGUCUUUUAUUAACUAUCGCCAUUUACGGCUAUUUCUGGAGAGCCGUCAAAUCCGAAAAAUCGAUCAUCAACAUAAAUCUGUCUUGUGCAUUAUUUGUGGCUUACCUGUUGUUUCUAGCCGGUGUCAGUCAGACCGACAAUCAGAGUGCAUGUACCGCAAUGGCAGUGCUUCUCCAUCUAGUUUACCUGGUGGUGUUUUUCAUCAUGCUCAGUGAAGGCUUGUUGUUAGCUAACACAGUUCUCUACCCCUUCAGUACACGCAAACCUGGCAUGCCUCUUCUAAUUGCAUCAUACGUAUGUCCGGUCGUCAUUGUGGCAAUAUCAAUGGGAGCAGUGGAGCUUGAUGGUUAUGGAGAUGAGAAAUCGUGUUGGUUGUCAACAAAGACAGGCUUAAUCUGGGCAUUCCUUGUUCCUGUUCUCAUAAUCAUUGUGAUAAAUUUGACAAUCAUUACUUUGGUGAUCAGAGCAAUGUUUAGCACUGCCGCACUUUCAAGAAAGUCAGACAAAGAGAAAGCAAUGGCUGGCGUACGGAGCAUUGUAAUUCUUAUGCCAAUCAUGGGUCUUACAUGGGUUUUGGGGAUCUUCUCUGUCAACGAGGAUACAGUGGUCUUCCAGUAUCUCUUCGCCUUGUUUAACAGUAUACAGGGAGUACUCAUCUUCGUGUUUCACUGUGUCAUGAACAAAAAGAUCCAGGUGGCGUUCAGGAAGCAACGGUCUAAAUGGCAGUCACUACGAAGCUAUGACCUGAACAAGUCUUUCACAACCAGCACGAAAUCAACGAGAGUUACCGAAGAGAGUACAUCAAUAAUGUGAAGUAAAUCAUGAACGUUAUUCGCAAAAUAUUGCCAAGAAGGAAGGUGAUCAACAAUUUGUACCAUAUCAUAUGACUAUAUAUAUCUAAUAUACUCUGUAAAUAGGAUGUGUUAUUAUUUAAUGGAUUCUUUCCUUAUGUCGUAAGCUUUUUAUUGGUAUUGUUUGUGUUCUUGUUUUAUAUAUGUUGCAUUUUCGAUUUUAUAAUCACUGUGAGUGCAACUGACGUUCUUGUUAUGCGUAUACAUGCUGUCGAAUCCAAACUAAAACGUUCAUAAUCGUUAAAAAAAUAAUUAGUUAGAUGCGAUUAGGCGAUGUCAGUGUGUUAUUCUGUGUGUCUAAUCGUCGAUACAUAGCGUGUGAAUUAAGUGUAACACCAUUCUUUUUUAUCGUGUUUUAAUGAAAAUAUGCAUGUUUUAUUCGAAUUAGAAUUGUUCGUUGCAAACUUUACAUUUAAAAGGACUAACAUAUUUUAACGCGUGGUCAUACGAAUGAUAUGUAUCAUAUAUCGGUAACCCAAUGUUGUUAUCAUCCAGAAUUAUAGGGGGCACGAACUUCAUUGAUUUUAUAUAGCAAAUAACUCUUCGAAAAGGAUCUAUUGAUAAUCAAUACCAAAACUCAAAGUAAAGAAAAUUAAGUACAUGUAUAAGUAAUAACUGCUUAGUAUCCAUAAAACGUGAGUUAUUCAGAUUGAUGUUAUAGGAAUAGUAUAUUUAAAACUUGAGUAUGACACUAGAAUAACUUCUCCUGGACAAUCUUUUCAUAUGAAUUACUUUAUAGAUGGAUAUGGUAUACUAAAAACUAAAAGCACUUUUUUAUAAUGCUACAAAUUGAUUUUUUAAGGUUUGUUUAACACAUAUAAGAGCAUAUUUAGAUUUUUUAAAGAUCAUUUUUAUUUCAAAAUUGAUACAUUCAUUUGAAAAUGCAUGUAUAUUCUUCUAUUAAACUGGUUUUGUAUUAAUGUCAUGUCUAUCUUUCAUUUUGUAAUAACGACAAGUAAAGUUUAUAAUGCUUGUACCAUUUCUUAAAAAAAAGAUAUGCGACAGAACUUUUUCGUCAUUUCAUUACAUCCGAUUCCAUUAGCUGUAUGACGAAACCAUCGUUUGCAGUUUCCACCUGGGAAAAGGGAGAUAAUCAUGAAACUAGAAACAUGCUAAUUGUAAAUAGAACUUGCGGAUUUCUUGAAAAACUGUAUACCUUUACAAAGAUUUUGAACUGUGAGCACCAUACAGCUCUAUGUUUACAAGUAUUUUAUCUAUUUAUUUUACAAUGAUUUCACUAAAUCAGUGUCAUUUCAUGUCUGUUUUUUAUGAUGUUACAUGAAAAUUAUUUGUUCAAAUUAUCCAUAAUUAUGAUAAAAAAUAAUUAUAAUUAAAAUGUAUGGUGUGAUGUUAUAUCGUUUUCUUGUAUAUCGAUGUCCUUGUAUAGCAAUACAAGAGAAAACAGCAAUGUUAUAUUUAUUUAACGUAAUGAUUAAUGUUGUUGUUAAAGUCUUUUUCCACAAAACCAUUUUUAUAUUUCAUUUUACAGUAACUUUAUACUUUUAGUCAGCUGUUUUCACAACGAAUAAAAACGAACAAUUCAGAUCUACUUUGAUGCUGUUAUUUAUUUUAUAUUUGAUUUAACGUAUUAAAUUACAAGUACACAUAGAGUCUGGAGCAUAAUUAUAUAUCUACUUUUAGUAAUAAUGUGUAUCAUUUAUUCAAACUUUCAAAUUUUUAAAUUUCGGAUGUGUUGUUCUGGUCACAGGUAAUUAAUUGAAUUAUAAAAUAUAUGGUCAGACUUUCUUCAAAUAGUAUAGCCAUGCAGUGCUUUCUUAUUAAUUAUACCAUUGACCGUAUCAAUAGCACAUUGUCUGGCUGUGAAUAUGAACUGUUGUUCAUCAAAUCAAGUUAAGUUACAUGCAUGGCGCUACUGGGAACUAGAGAAUUUCUCUGAACUUCGGAGAAAAAUUACUAACUUAUAUUGAAGAUGAACAAACAGAAUACAAUUGGCUAUAUAACUGGCUAUAAUUAUGGAAAGCCUGGGCGCAAUGAUUUUUGCUAAAUGCUUUUUACGAAAUGCUUUUUGCGAAAUGCUUUUUGCUUGUACUUGUACAUAGAGACUUAUACAGUAUACUUGUAAUGUGAAAUGCCCAAUGACGAAAACCAGUUUUUAGGAUUGUCUAAUUUUUUCUUUUUGUUUCUGAAAUAAUGUUUAUAAAAAUAUCUUUACAUUAAUAAAUUAAUAAACCAACUGAAGUGAUCGGUAAUGAAUUAUUUGUUGAACAGUCUUUGUUUAAUAAGAAUGCAAACUUCAUUGCAACUAGCCAAUGUUUUAUUUCAAACAAAUAAAGAUAUGUAAAAUUUCGUGUAAAUAAAUUAUUAUUUGCAUUAUAUUAAACUACAAUUAGGAAUUUGUUGAGUAUACUAUACAAGUACUGUAUGUUGUAUGACCAUCUAUGUACAAGCAAAAAGCAUUUCUCAUAAAACAUUUAGCAAUAAGCAUUUCGCAUUUUGCAAAAAGCAAUUUCGCAAAAAGCAUUGCGCCCAGGUAUAUAAUAGAAACAAAUUUCAUUAAACAUUAGUCAUGACAGUAUAAACAUACAUAUAAUUCGGUUUUGAGGUCAGCGAUGUUUUUGUACUUUAAUUUUGGAACGGUCCGUUAUUAAGGUAGUGUUAUUCAGUAUGAUAAGAUGUUCUUACCUAAAUAAGGCAAGGUAAAUCAUUCUGAUUUCCCUAAUCAGCAGACGAGUCUAUAAAUGGACCUCUCUCGUGAAAAUCAAACUAUAGUGUAAUACGAGUGCAGAUGUCUAAAUUUAACAGAAAUUCCUAUCAGUUUCUGCCAGCGUUUCCUUAAUAGAAGUCCAGUCGUAAAGUGACAGCAAUGCGGAACUUAUUCACGUUUUUCCAUUGGCUGCUUCUUGCACAUUGUGCAGGGGUACAUUAUGGUAUACAGAUAUCUGGAAUUUCAUCUACAUUAGAUCUAAAUAAACUGGACAUAAAGGAAGUAAAUCAUAUACAAGAACACUUUCUUUACGCACUACGCUCGGAUACUAGUUAGCUAUACAUCCAUUUAUAUAUAUUGAGUUUUCAUGGGUGUAUAGGCUAUCAGUAAGAAAGUGUUAGGGAAAGGCGCAUAGUAGGAAAAUCUGAAAAAAGUGUAUUUACCUUGUUAAUAUUUGUUGUUUUGUUUAGAAGUAGUUUUUAUUUUUGUCUUGUUGUUAAAUGCCUUCGUUUAUGUCAAGAAAGAUGUUACAGAUAUAGAAACUAAUAAUAAAUAGUUGUUUUAUCAA